AUGAGGUUGUGUCGAGGUGCGCGAGCCGUGCUAUAUGUGAUCGUGAUGGCUUACAAUGGUAUGAUGCUAGGAGGAGCUUUUGCAUGGAGGCUUAAAGGCUAUGGGGUAUAUGUGGGUGCACGAGGAGGCUUGUGGCGAGCCCGUGAGUGUGAGUAUGUACUAUCGGCUCGGGCAUUUGUGAGGAUGAGCGCAUGUGAGGAGGUUGGGCUAUUAUGGGAGGAGCUAGAGCACGAGGGACCGGGCGAAGAGUCGUGGGUAAGGUGA